AUGGGGUGGCUGCACUGAUGGCGUAUCCAUGUGUUAAUAUUAUGGGGUGGCUCCUCCGUUAGAGAAGCUCACAGCAGCUUAAGUGGCAGCACAGAGGGAGCACUUAACAUGGAGUCAGCAAGCCCAGUACCAAACGCACGCUAGCACACCGCUCCUGAUGUGUGUGUGUGUGUGUGUGUGUGUGUGUGUGUGUGUGUGUGUGUGUGUAAGCUAGCACACCGAUCCUGAUGUGUGUGUGUGUGUGUGUGUAAGCUAGCACACCGAUCCUGAUGUGUGUGUGUGUGUGUGUGUGUGUGUUUGUGUAAGCUAGCACACCGGUCCUGGUGUGUGUGUGUGUGUGUCUGUGUCUGUGUGUGUAUGUAAGCUAGCACACCGGUCCUGAUGUGUGUGUGUGUGUGUCCGUAAACUAUCAUAGCGGUCAUGGUGUGUGUGUUUGUCUGCACACGUGCGUUAAGUGUGCAUAUGACGGGGCCAGCGUGAAGCUCUCAACCCAGCAGCUGGAGGUUCAGAUGCGGCUCAGAUGCGGCUCAGAUGCGGCUCAGUUGCGGCUGAGUUGCGGCUGAGUUGCGGCUCGGCUGUUCUGGGCGGUUGAGACGUCAGGAGGGUCUCAUCCCCGUUUGGAGGCGGGUCUUACACGUUGCCAUGGGAACAAAGGCGUGAGGCCGGAGAAGCGUCAUGAGGGGUGGAGUUAGGAGUGGGAGGGGCUAGCUUUGAUUGGCAGCAGGCAGGAACAGCUAUGAGAGACCUGUGGUGACCUUUGACCUUUGAGUUAUCACUGAAGUGUGUGUGUGUGUGCUGAGACGGGGAGUGAUGGUGUGUGUGUGUGAAUUUUAUGUUCCUGCCACUUGCCUGUGUGUUAGUGUGCCCUCUGCUUCCUGAGUGUGUGUGUGUGCGUGUGUGUGUGUGUGCGUGCGUGUGUGUACAUGACUGAAUGUGUAUGUCUAUAAGUGAAUAUGCUAAUGCUGAUAAAGCUGUAUGGACACGUACAUACAUAUAUAAAGAUAAAGAUAAAUAUAUAUAUAUAAAUAUAGAUAUAUAUACAUACAUACAUAUAUACAUAUGUGUAUAUAUAUAUGUAUAUGGUGUUUUGUAUCAGUUCUGAAAUGAUUCAAACACAAUUUUGUGAUUUUUUUAUUAACUGAAAACAAAUGGGGAAAAAUAAAGUCAGAAAUAUGAAUGACAAA